UAUUAAGCCAUCUUGCUAAUCAAAUGCCAAUUACAAUUUGUCAAAUUCAAAACACCAAAAAUCGUUAUUUUUCAAUUUUCCUGUUAGAAGUUAAUCAAAUUUCUUCUUGUAUGUUGUUGCCACUGCCUCACACGCACUUUCUUCCGAGACAUCAAGAAUACCCAUCUACUUUUCUUGCAGUUCGAGUCGAAUCAACAGCUUCAACGAUAAAAAAAUGGACGAAAAGAUUAGUCCGGGGCAAAAUGCUUCUGAAAAUCUCAGUACAUGGGGAAUUGGAGGCCCUUGUAAAUACUUCGUUCAAGUCUUCGAUCAAACCCAACUUAUUUCUGCCAUCAGAAGGAAAUUUACUCAGCCAGUUGGGGAGAGAAGUGCUGGUUCAGUGUUUCGAAGCCUUUCGGACUCAAACAUUUCGGCUGCAGAAUUUAUUGAGAGAGCAGGAUUAAAAGGGUAUAGAAUUGGAGAAGCCAUGGUAUCAAAGAAGCAUGCUAAUUUCUUCAAAAAUUGUGGUGGUGCAACUUCUCAAGAAAUGCUUGAGCUUAUUAGGUUGGUGAGGAGACAGUUUUUGAGAGAUUUGGUCUGGAACUCAAGAAAUCUUGUAUAUUCAUCCAUUUUGUAAAGAUCAAAAUCCAAAUAGAGAUAGUAAAACCAGUUUUGAGAAAUGAUUGAGGAAGAAAUAAAUAAUUUUAUGUUAUUUGGAAAAACAAGUUGAAUGGACCCUUUGUUUUUUCGGUCGACUACUAAGUUGGCUCCCCUUUCUGUUUU